UGACGCCGCUGGACGUGGUGAAGAUCCGGCUGCAGGCACAGAGGACUCCCUUCUCCAAAGGGAAGUGUUUCCUCUACUGCAAUGGGCUCAUGGACCACUUGUACGUCUGUCAGAACGGCAACGGCUGCACCGCCUGGUACAAGGCUCCCACCCACUUCACUGGCACACUGGAUGCCUUUGUGAAGAUCACACGCUAUGAGGGUCUCAGGUCUCUGUGGAGCGGUUUGCCCCCCACCCUGGUCAUGGCUGUGCCAGCCACUGUCAUUUACUUCACCACCUACGACCAACUCCGGGACUACCUGCACGCCCGGACGGGAAGCCGUGGCCACCACAUCCCCUUGCUGGCUGGAGCCCUUGCCAGGCUGGGUGCUGUGACAGUCAUCAGCCCCUUGGAGCUGAUCCGAACCAAGAUGCAGUCCCGACAGCUCAGCUAUCGUGAGCUGGGUGUCUGCAUCCAGUCAGCAGUGGCCCAGGAUGGCUGGUUGUCCCUCUGGAGGGGCUGGGGACCCACCGUGCUGCGGGACGUCCCCUUCUCAGCUCUGUACUGGUUUAACUAUGAGCUGGUGAGGGCAUGGCUCUGCAGGCAGGCCUGGCUGGAUGAGGCCACGUUCAUGGUCAGCUUCACAUCUGGGGCCAUCUCCGGCACGGUUGCUGCAGUGCUGACACUGCCCUUCGACGUGGUCAAAACGCAGCGGCAGAUCGAGCUGGGAGACAGCGAGGUGCACCCAGUGACAGCCUCCAAGCCUUCCUCCACGUGGCUGCUCAUGCGACGGAUCCGCGCCGAGUCCGGCACCCGAGGGCUGUUUGCAGGUUUCCUGCCCCGUGUCAUCAAGGUGGCACCUGCCUGUGCCAUCAUGAUCAGCACCUACGAGUUUGGCAAGACCUUCUUCCAGAAGCUGAACCAGGAGCAGCGGCUGCCAGGGUUGUGA